CAUGUCUUGAUUUAGAACUUUUCUUCAUAGAGAUUUACAUAGUUUCAAAACGGUCACAAUCCCAUAGCCCUCUUAAUCAUCAAAAUAAAAGAAAUUGCAUUUACAAAAUCCAAAAUGUAUCUGUGAAUUACGGAAUGGUGAUAUAGCGGCAUUACCCUCCCUUUUUAACCGUAUUGAUUCUGAGAACGGAGAUACACAUACGCCAUAUUGUGUCAUCUAUAGAGACAGAGUCAAUGCAAGGAGACGGACUCGUCACAAAGUGACAAGUGAUUGAAAUGUCGACACCUUCUCUUGUGAACACGUCACUACCAGUGUCCUUGACACCACACAUGGACCCCGAGGUCAUGAACUCCACGGAACUUUUGUCCACGUGUCAAUGGAUACCACCCCAGCACUACCUGUUUCAGAUGGCCAAUGGCGUGCUCCUAGGGGCUGUAGCCUGUCCAGGGGGAAAACACGGGGUCCUGUUCAUGCAUUCAUGCUUUGUGUUAGGUUUCCUGCUGCUGUCCAUCUGGUCCUGGGUCAUCCUGUGUGCCCCGGACUAUUUCUCCUGGAACUUCAGCUUUAUGGUGGUUAACGCUGUCCAGACACUGGUCAUCAUGUACAACAUCCGCCCCGUCAAGUUCUGUGACGACCUAGAGGGCGUCUACGUCACCGUGUUCCAGCCCCUCAGAGUCCCGAGACAUUUGUACAAGAAGUUGGUGUCCCCCGACUACUGCACCCUGGGAACACUGCACGAGGGGGAGGUAUACGCCAGCCAGGGAAUCAGCAAGAUAGACAGACUGGGGCUCCUAAUAUCGGGCAGAAUGGCCGUAUACAGUCAUCAUCAGGAACUUCACCACGUGGUUGCCAAGGAGUUCAUCGACUCUCCAGAGUUUGAGUCGGCGGUGUCCGGGGACGAGAAGUAUCAGGUUUCCAUCGUUGCCACGACGACCUGCCGAUUCAUGUUCUGGCAGCGAGGUGGGCUGGAGUACCUGCUGAUUAAAGAACCUUACCUGGCCAACCUCCUACGUACCGUCCUGGGGCGGGACAUCACAAACAAGUUGUACUCCCUUAACGACAAGCUUGCUCGCACGAAAGGAUUUCGGGUAGACAUCAGGUUGCCCAGCAUCUCCGCCGUAGGGAGGGGCCAGCAAGGAUUCCCGUCCGCUGUCACCUGCAAUCAAAACCUGUCACGGGAAGUAGGGUUGGCGCAUGCGCAGUCAGAGGAGACUUUGGAAGACAGCUCUACGUGUGCUGACACAGAAAGAACGGAACUACUGAAUGGAGUCUCAGGGACUUCCGGUCCUGGCGCUGUUCUGAGAUCCCCGGUCUCGCCGAGGUCCUCCGUUGGGUGUUAGAACUUGUGUCUGGUUUGACUAAAACACACAGCCAAGCAAGAGCAAAACCUGUUUCAAGGAAUCUCGUAGAUACAUACUACAUGUGGUCUUUUGUGAUCAAAAGACGGCGAUUGGAUUAACAUUUGAUGCAUAAGGUAAAUACAAAUGGAAUUUUCAUUGUAAACUUGGAAAUGGAAAUUACAUUUGAUGUACCUUUGAAUAUACAUUGGUCGGUUUUAGAAUUAGAAUUAUGAACAUUUCCCUCAUGCGAAAGAAAAGUCCUUAAUCCUGCUGGUUCUUGGGGAUUAUAAAACUAUAUCUAUGUCGAGCAUAUUUAUCGUUGCAUUAGAUGUAAGUGUCGACGGUGGAGGUAUAUCCUCAGUGAAGAACACCUUAUAGUCACAUUUGCUGCAAGCUUCAGUUAAUGAAAGCAAGUUUUGAGUGUUACUUCUUUGCAGUGAAUUGAUUCAUUAAUAAACUUAUGAUUUACCGUAGUUAACUUUGAAAUGAUGUGGCUUCAGUGUAUAAUGUUUAUGAUAUGUACAUUACUAAUAAUAAAACAAUUAAA